CUUUCCCCUCCAACCGGAAGACAGGGACAGAUUUGCUUGUUUGAUGCUGACCAGUUUAAGUACUCCUCGAACCGACAGUAAAAAUCCCAACCUAAAUCGUAAUAAUGGUGACGGACGUGCAGCUGGCCAUAUUUGCCAACAUGCUUGGCGUGUCGUUGUUCCUGCUGGUUGUGUUGUAUCACUAUGUUGCUGUGAAUAACCCCAAGAAGCAGGAGUGAAGUCCCCCCCCCCAACAUGACAAGAGAGGUGAGAUGGGACUCAAUGCCACCACCAAGGAAACGACAUUCCCCACUACCAGUCCCAAGAGAUUCAUUUCCAUGUACGUUUGCACAGUAGUGUUUUUUUUCUAUUAAAAAUGUGUGAAUGCCA